AUGCCCAGUGCAGCAGCGAUGCAAAUUCUGGAGUUUACAAUCCCGCCCCCUUCUCUGAGCUACACAAUGUACGCCCAAAAACUGGGGGAAAGUAAAGCGCGAUCCUUUGGACUCUACCUCAGGAAGACCAUCCCUCACCCCGCCGUCCACCAGGUAUUUGGAUUCAACUCUGCCAGCUGGACUGCCAACUACAGAGUCAUGCAGAUAGCACGCAGUGAGCUCUCGCAGGAAAUCCUUGUCAUGCAGAGGUCACUUCCCGGUCUAAUGACGGGCAUCUUCGGUGCCUGCUUUACAGUUCACCCUUCGUACAUAAUUCUAACCAAGUCAGGACAAGACCUCCUGAAUUCAUCUUGGAAGUUCGUAAUUGCGACUGCAUCCACAGAAAAACGAGCGAACCAGUGUCCCAAGCUUCAGCCUCCGCUAAAUCUCUCGGGCUCGAAACUAUCACCGGAAGCCGAGGCGCUGCUCUCAAAGGGACCCAAAUUCGCUCCCCCUGUCACACCGUCAAGAGUGGAUCAGCUCGCAGCGGUACACCAGAUCGCGUCGAGAAUUCCGGAGCCUGCCCGACAAGAGUUCCUCGGUGUUGGUUCCCGUUUGGUGUGCAUGUAUGGAGCAGCCCACCCAACCAAACCAGAAUUCCCCCAAGUGGUGAAUGAACUCAGGGGGUCUGACGUGAGGCUUUUGGAGGCAGACAAGACAGGAGUGUUUGUGUUCCCAUGA